AUGGGUAUGGAGCAUUUUGUAGGAACAGUGGAUCCUACAGCUGCUUAUGAUUGGAAACUGAGUCUACAACGGAAGCUGGAGAACAUUGAUUGUCCCCCAGAAUUUAAGCUUAGACUGGCUAUGCAGUACUUGCGUGGAGAUGCAUUGGUAUAUUGGGAGGGAGUGCGAUUGAAUCAUGGGCCUGACAUUCUCACUUUUGAAGAUUUUAUCGAGGAGUUUGAUAAGAAGUACUUUCCGAAACAAGCUAUGGAUAGAAAGAAGAGGGACUUCGAGCAUGUGAGCCAGGGUGACUUGUCGAUCAAGCAGUAUGAGGUUAAGUUCAACCAGCUUCGCAGGUUUGUUGGAGGUGGUAUUCCUGAAGAUGAGUUGAUCAGGAAGUUUUUGGAUGGGAUGCGUUUGGAGAUUCGCAACAGGUGUAAUAUCGUCACUUACUACAGAUUGGGAGACUUGGUGGAAAAAGCAGUUGAACAGGAAGCAUGUUGGAUAGAGGAGCAGAAACUUCUCAAAUCUGCUCAGCCUAAACCUGAGAGGACUACAGAGUCUCAGAGGAGGACCGGGGAUCAGUCAGAGGCACCGUAUUGUUCUCGUUGUCAUCGUCAUCAUAUGGGAGAAUGUGCCAAGUGUUUUGAGUGUGGGAGGUUUGGCCACAUUGCGAAGUUUUGUCGGGUUAGACCAGUUGAUGCGACUUCCGCUGGACAUAUUGCAGCACCAGCAGCAAUAAACAUGAAUUGUUACAACUGUAAUCAGCCGGACCAUAUUUCGAGAGAGUGUCCGACGAGGGGACAUGCCACACUUCCACCACCGCCUAAGCGUCAAGCCACCGAUCCAUGA